AUGUCAAAGACAUCCCCAGAAGUAACUCCUGACUCCCAUUUACAGGAACCUGCAGCACCAGUAGUUGAAGAUUCCAUCGGAAAAGGGCAACAGUCUGCCAUGUUAAAUCGUUUAUUAGGGAAGGGCAGCUAUGAAUCUUUUGAUAUGAGAUGCAUGGUAACUGGCCAAUUUUCUGUUGGGAAGUCGACUCUUGUUAAGCUGUUAGCUGGAGAAAUUAUACCUGAUGGUCGACACCCGACAGAUGGGAUUUCUCUGGUAGAAGGUCGCUGUGGCCUAGAUAUUCUUACAAAAGAGUGGAUUCUUGUUGAUCAAGACUCUUAUAAUGCCCUGGAUGUUGUGUACCAUAAGGUUUUAAUGACCUCUCUGGAAGAAGAGAAGGAGAGUGAACUAACCAAAAAGUUCAUCAAAGCUCCAGAUACAAGCCCAACUGGUUAUGCCAAAGCUACACUUUCCUCUUUGCCCUCAGAAGAGUCUGCAGCAGCACAAUGUCCACAAUCUAUGAAAUCCUCCAAUGUGCCUCACACGGUAAAACAGAUGGAAAAGAAAAUGAAAACAAGAAUGACUAAAGAAGAAAUUAGAAAGAAAAUGGAAAAGGUCCUCAAAAGUGGGAAGUAUAAAAUGAAAGUUGGACGUCUUAUCUUCUGGGAUUUUGGUGGACAAUACGUUUAUUUAACAACACACCAGACCUUCAUGACGUUCCGGGCAUUGUUUCUUGUAGUAUUUGAUGGGAGCAAAGAAUUGCAUGAACAGGUCCCUGAUGUGAUGUGUUUUCCAGGGCAGCACAUGACGCCAACGCCAGCAGUAUUCUUGCAAUAUUGGGUCAAUUCCAUCCUGACCUAUUGUAAGGUUGUAUAUGCAGGCAUUCCAAAGAUCUUGUUUGUUGCCACUCACAAAGACAAAGUACCAUUGGAGAAUAUUGCGACCAGACGUGAAGAGCUUUACAGAGGAAUUGAGGAAUUGUUUAAAGACCACGAGGGAAAACAUCAUCUGGUCCUUAGACCUCUAAUAUUUGUCAAUGCCAAAGAUCAAGCCGACCCAGAAAUAGAAGUUCUAAAGAAAACAAUUACAGAACUUACAUUCGACCACCCAUGCUGGGGUGAAAGAAUGCCCAAUGCGUGUGUGCCACUAGAGCUAGAGAUCGCUGAACUAGUGGCAGAAGGAAAGCAAAUAAUGUCAUUGGCUGAAGUUAAAGAAUUAAAUGCUAUCAGCGAGGUGUCUGUCCUGUCCCCUGAGCAGUUGACUGAUUUCCUACAUUUUCAUCAUUCUCUGGGGAAGAUUGUUUAUUUCGAUACACCCCAACUGAGAGAUAAUGUAAUGAUCAACCCCCUUCUUAUGGUGGAAGUUAUGAGAUCUUUUAUCACAGAUGUUGCAUUUUGGCCUAAAGAAAAUAAAACAAGAAAAACCUUCACAAAAAUGUCUGCAAAUGGAAUGAUACAAAAAGAAGACCUCUACCAGAUUUGGGAACAACAAGAAUUCCGUCAGAUUUUACCAUUUAAAGAGUACAUAUUUGAUAUGCUGAUACAUCUAGAUAUCGUAUCCGAACAACGGAGAUAUGAUACAACAGGGAGUCGUCUACCAAUAGAAAACUUCUUUGUACCCUGUAUGCUUACACAAAGAAAUAAUACAGAUUACUUGACACAAGAAUGUAAACCAGAGAGGACUGUUAGUUUGGCCUUUGUUUUCAAAGGAACCAUCAUACCUCCAGCCUUACCAAACCGUCUAAUAUGUGCAUGUCUGAGUAUGUGGACAUUAAAAGAAUACCAAGGACGGAAACUUAUGUUUUCCGGGUUUGUUGGGUUAUCGUUUGAUAAAGAGCAUGAUAUUGUUGUCUGUGUAGAAGGAAAUAAGAUCUUACUGUACCUAGUCCACAAGCGCUCCAAGGGCCUGAUAAUACCUGAUAUAGCCACCAGUGUCCGGGAUUGUUUGUUUGUUACUUUAGAAAGAAUCUCCGAAUUUUAUCAGUCCUCCAUUGAUUGUAAAGCCAGCAGCAAGUUACCUUUCCUCACCGAGUACUCCUGCUCGACAUUAAACUGUUUCACUUCAGAAAACAAGUUGGUCUCCGAGACUGAGGAAUGUCUUUGUAAACACGGAGAAAACAUUAAAAAUAACUGGCGUAUUUGGAAUAAGAAAAAGGAGCAAAAGCAGUGUGAUGCUAAUUGUCCAGGUUUGAGUGAAGAUGCGUUAUCUCAGAUCCCAAGUAACACAGAGUUGCUUCGUCUGUCUGUUAAUUGUGAGACACGCAUGCUACACGAUUUGGCUCUCCAUCUUGGAAUGGAAGAAAUGGUAUGGAGUGAUAUGGUAGAGAAUUACCCAACAAAUACACAGAUGGUAAAAUUUUUGACACUGAUGCAUUUGAAAGAUAAUGAUGAAAUUACAUUCACAGAAUUGGAAAAUGGAUUGAGAGAAAUGGAAAUACCAUCACAUACAUUAUGUGUGGUACGUCAGAGAAAACAAGUGAAAUCUAGUAUUCCUGAUGAUAUUCUAGACUGCAUUCCAUCAGAUGAAAUUGUAGACAGAUUAGCACCGCUGAUAGGCAAGAUAGUUCUUCAACUAGGAAUAGAACUUGGACUGUCUGUAGAAGAGAUAGAGAGCAUCAAAGAGAAAUGUGAUCGUGAUUUGACAGCACAGAAUAAGGAAGUGUUAUUUACAUGGAGGAAAGAUAGAACAGUGAAACCUACAAUACGGGUACUUGAGCAAGCUUUUGUAAAUAUUGGUAAAGGAGCCAGGUGUUUAAAGGAGGUUUUAAAGGACGUUGAUCCCAAUACACUUAAAGCAGUAGAAAUUGUAACAGAUAGAAUCAGGGAAAACGAAAACAGAAUUAUACAAGAUAUACAAAUCAGCCAAAUUUUAGACCAUAUGAUGACACAUCUGGUGAUAUCAGCAGACGACAGACUUGGUAUUGAACAUUAUCCUCGACAUGAUGACCAGAACAAAGCAUUGCUGGAUAUUGUGAUUAAAAGGAGAGAACCUGCUUACAGUGUGUUUGUUGAUGGAUUACGUAAUUAUGGAUACGAAGAUAUCGCUAAUGAUUUAAUAUAUCAUUCACAGGAAACUAGUCCAAGUCCGACAUUAGUAUCUGCUGAAAAUGAAGGCUUUUCAGUUUGUAAUGUUCCAUUGUAUAAAGUUCGUCUACAAAAGAAUUACCUCAAGGUCAUCACUGAUAUACAACACGAGAACAUAGUAGAUCAUCUAAUAUCAAAAGAGGUAGUGUCAGUUGAUGAUGGGAAGAAGAUAGAAUCUGGUAAAACACCACAGGAAAAGAACAGGAAUUUGAUGGACAUUCUUUUGCGAAAAAGUGAACAGGGAUUUAAUGAAUUUCUCAAAGCCCUAAAGAAAGACUCUAUUUAUGCAGAUCUAGCAGAUCAAAUAGAAAAGACAGAAAUUACUAGCACAGAUAUGGCAACCUUUCAUCAAUGCUUGAAAUAAAAUAAAUGUACAUUUUUUUCAGAAGAAAAACUUUACACAACAAGUAAAAGACAUCUAGGACAAACACCAGUAAACAAUGAAUACAAGGAUGUAUUGUCAAUCCAAUGUUCAAUGAUUUGGUCACUUAAAUCAUCAAUGUGAAUGAAUCACAAUAUAUAAUUGAUAACAUUCUUUAAUUUUAAACAUAUGUCAUGUGUGAGUGUCAUGCUUGGCAAGGAAAAAGCUAUCUACGAGUGUUCGUUCCAUAACAGUUAAUAUAAUUAUGAAGCAGUCAUGACAUAUUCUAUAUUCAUAUAAAAUAAUUUUAAUGUAUCUUAAUAUAAUUAUUGGGAACCAGUAAUUGGAAAGUUCAUAUGCACUACUGUUUUUUCCAAAGGUCAAAACAUAUGGCUGUGCUGCAUAUUUUCAAAAUUUAUAUGCCUCAAACUUCCAGGAAUUUAAACCUACAUGUAUACUGAAAUUAUAUAUUUCCUCUCACUUAACAUUUGGUCCUUCUCAGAAUUUAAUUUGGCUGCUAUCCAUGUGAAUUCAUUCUGGUAAAGUUCCUAAGAUGUGUCUCUUUGAGAUGCAACAUAGUAUCAUAUCUAGCAACCAGUAGGUAAACAAAACAUAUAUCACUAGUAGAUAUCCCAAAAGAGGCUUUGUUUGUUAAACAGCUGUAUUUACAAAGUGCAACCUAAAGGAUAUGUCGUAACUUGAUACAAUAUACUAUAUGUACUAUUUUGAUAAAUUUUGAAUAACCUACAUAGCUGCAAUUAGGUUAUUAUCAAUUUAAUUUCAAUCAUAAUUGUGUAUGUUAAUCUCUUAAAGCUGUUCAAUGUUACCUUAAUAGUCAAUUUAGGUCUAAAUUUUAAGUCUAAUGAAUAAUAAAGUAUGCACAUAUGAAAUAACUAAUUCAGUGACAGAAUCUUGUCCUUAAAGUGUUUCUGAAAUUUUUGACAUUAGCUUGUUGUAUAUUGUGUUUAUCAAACAGCGAAUUUUAUAUGUACAUUUGUAAAUAAAUAAGCCUAUUCAUAAAUAUGCUCUUAUUAUGUAAAUAUAGUUGUUGCUAUCAUAACAUAGUAUUUCACAACAAUAUGCUCUUAUUAUGUAAAUAUAGUUGUUGCUAACAUAACAUGGUAUUUCACAACGAUAUGCUCUUAUUAUGUAAAUAUAGUUGUUGCUAACAUAACAUGUAUUUCACCAAGAUAUGCUCUUAGUAUGUAAAUAUAGUUGUUGCUAACAUAACAUGGUAUUUCACAACGAUAUGCUCUUAUUAUGUAAAUAUAGUGGUUGCUAACAUAACAUGGUUUUUCACACCGAUAUGCUCUUAUUAUGUAAAUAUAGUUGUUGCUAACAUAACAUGGUAUUUCACAACGAUAUGCUCUUAUUAUGUCAAUAUAGUGGUUGCUAACAUAACAUGGUAUAUUUCACAACGAUAUGCUCUUAUUAUGUAAAUAUAAUUGUUGCUAACAUAACAUGGUAUAUUUCACAACGAAUGUUUUUGACAUAACAUGUUCUGUCAAAUGAACUUAUCUUUCAUCCAUCAGAAAACAGAAGUUUAAAUCUAAACAGGUCAGUGAUGAUUGUUUGGUUAUAUUAUAUUUUCAAAUUGUUGAGAACAUACAUGACAUAUCAAAAGUCGAAAAACAUUUGAAAACCUACUACCAAGCAAAUGUUUGGCCUCAUUCAAUUCAGGCCAUCUGCACCAUGUGUUGUUUGGGGUGUUUUAGCGCAAUGCUAUACAAUUUCUUGCUUGAUUUGCCUUUUUAACAUUUUCGUUUCGAUCGUCAUGAGUGUUCCUUAUGAGGUGCUGAUCAAGUGUUGUUACUUUGUAGGUGAUCCAUUUUCCAAGAUGGCCACCAGCGGGGGACUUAGUUUAACAUAGGACCAUAUCAUGCAUAUGGAAAAUGCAUACAAACGACUUCUUUUAGAGAACCACAGAAUGGAAUGAAACCAAACAUUGCAAGAAUGUUCCUUAUGAUGUGCUGACCAAGUGUUGUUACUUUGUAUACGAUCCAUCAUCCAAGAUGGCCGCCAGUGGGGGACUUUUGAAUGAAAUUAAACAUAGCCUGAAUGUUCCUUUCCUUAUGAGGUUGUGUUGUCACUUUUAGCCAAAUUUUAUAUUUUUUUAUAUGAUUUCAAAAACCCAAGUAGAAUCAGGUAAGCGAUACAGGUUCUAGUUAAAUGUUCUUCUGAAGAUACCAAGACAUUUUUGAUACAUAUUCAAUUUCACCAAUAUGACGGUCUUGAAAUAAGAUUUUAAUCACUGACGUUGUUUAUCAUCCUUAUAACGUGGUGUAGUGUUCUUUUAUUUGUCUUCGUAAAUUACUUUUACUGUUUAACCCUUUUUUGGUAAUACCACUUUGGGAUCUUUAGGUGUGGCUCAGUACUUAAACAUCCUGCCAUUAUGUUAAUCGGCUAUGGUCCUUUUUGUAUCCUUGUUUAUGUUUGCCUAUGUGCUUUGGUCUAUAUGCAAUUUUGUUUUUCUUUGUUGACAUAUUUUUCUUUUUUCUUAUAGUGAUUAAGAUUUCAACACAAUGUCGACUGAUGUACCCCUUUUUUGACAUUUAAAUUGGUACAUAUCAUGUCUGUUUGUUUUGUUCACACAUUGUGGUUAAUAUAAUGGAAUUUUAUGAGACUGUCAUACAAGUAAGAGGUUUAGCUAGCAAUAAACCCAGGUUUACUCCACCAUUCUCUACAUCAGGAAAUGCCUGAAACAAGUCAGGAAUAUGACAGGUGUUUAAUGUGUUUGAGCUUUCGAUUUUGCCAUUUGAUAAGGGAAUUUUUCGUUUUGAAUUUUCCUUGUUUUUCUGAUAUUUUACUUUUUUAUAAAUGAGGAAUACAAUGCCGUUCACAAUGAUAAGCUUGGAAUCUUUUAUUAUUUUUUUAUGUCAGUUUUACAAAAUUUAACCCCCUUUUCCUUCCAUCGCCAACAUCAAAAUUUGUAUAUAAAAAUAAGGAGAUUUGAUAUGAUUGCAAAUUAAACAUUUAUCCACCAAUAUUCCAUUAUUAGCUAUAUUAUUGCUUUUAUGUGAACAUGUUUAUAUAUUCAGAUUUCUACAAUAUUUAAUAGUGAUAAGAUUAUGACAGACAUAAUUUUGCAACAAUGACAGUCCGAUUUCAUGCUUUUCUCCUUGUACUCAAUCACUCCAUACAUGUAUACAAAAAAUCCUAAGCCUGAUUGGUCAUAAAUUUGUCAACCUUUUUCAAUGCUUAUACAUUUUGCCUUCAAACUGUUUGCAUUAGCACAACUGUUUUAUUUUAAAUAACUAGUGACUUUAUAAUUUACAAAUUAAAUAUGUUAUG